AUGGCUACUACUAUUCGCCCCGGCCAGUUUUCUGACUUUCACGCCGUGGGACGUCGAACUGGCUUGGAAGCUGAUCUUGCAGGCCAGGAAUUUUUGACCCACUGCCCUCCAGAUCUCCCUCCCCGCCAUCGCAUCGUGGCGCUGCUUGGUACUACUGACGACAAGGGCGAGGCAAGCCCGGCCAAAGACGGCUGGUUUGUUUCGGAUUUUUACCUUUUCCACCAUCUUCUGUCACCGGAAACUUCUCAACUCGAACCCAAUCAAAUCUGGUUAACAUCUGAAGACCCAGAGUCACUUAUUACUAAGUACAAGGAGUACCUACAUGGAGAUGCGCAAGGAGACUGGCGGGUGGUAUUAGAUCGAGCCAUGCUCCGCACAAUUGUGGACGGCGGCAGAGUGCGCGUUGUGCCACGAGACAUGCUUCUCGAAAGGUUCAUGAAUACCGUUCGUGAGCAGGUCACUAAGGCACGUAGCCGUGAAGAGCACCUCGUGCUGCUGAUAUUUGGCCAUGGAACCCGUGAAUACGGAGUAGAAGUCGCGAAUGCUAUCCUCCAGAUCGCUAAUCUGCGCCGCGUACUGCGGGACACACCAGACGUCACAAUAUUUACGACAUCGUGCUACUCAGGUGGCUGGCUGGUAUUUCCGGACCAGAGAGGCAAGCACCUUAAUGCAACAGCAAUUGCAGCAGCAGGCCCGGACGACGUUUCAUCAUCAUGGCCACAAAGUGGCAGUAUAGGACGAGCCAGUGGCAGCCUUGCUGCAUCCGGAAUCCUACGCUGUCUCAUCGAUACGGAGACCGAGGAAAGGCUGGUGGCUCAUAAUGCUCAUGAUAUCGUUUCCGGAAAUGGGGUUACGGAUACAAUGAAGCACCCAACGUAUAUCCAGUUCGCGAAAUCCAUUCAUGACUCUAUCAAAAGUAUGGGCCUCCUCGGCAGCACUCAACAGAUAUACUUCUCGGCUGAGAACGACGAAUGGGAGACUAGCUACCGACCACGCCUGGGACUUCCACUUGUGUCAUAUGAGGCGAAAUGGAAUGCAUUGCGCAAAGUCAACCCGUCUCCUUCCUCCGUCAAUGCCCCAACGACGAGCAGAAGUGGUGGACGGCCACUCAAACGACUUAAAUACCUCGCACAGGAGUACCUUGAAUCUAAACCAGGCGCUGAUAACCUCGCCCCAAACCUCAGCUUACACGGAUCUCUAAAGAGGGUCCUGCGAGGAGAAAUGCUUCCUAAAGAGGAGGUAGAGGAACUGACGGAGAUGACAGCAUACAGACUUGGUUCUAUGUACGAGGCCGACUAUCUCCGGAAGAUGGUCGGCCUACAGUAUCCGUCUAUUUUCGACAUAGAUGCUACAAGUGUGAUCGCGGCAUUACCGACCUCACGCGCGAUCGAGAAUCAUGAAACGCGGAUGCUUCUAUUAAAGCUAGACAUCAAUACGACGCCGAUUGGGAUCCGGCGCCCCUAUGACAAGCCUCUACACUAUCUCACACUUGCCCUGACAGAGACAUUGUCCUCGCAGGAAAGCAUCGACGCACAUAUCAGGGAGAUGGUGACGAAGAAAAGGGCAUGGUUUAGAUUUAUCUACCAGGCGUGGCAGGGCCACCGUGUUUCCCACGACCAGAAUGUUAGGAUGAGCCGUCGUGCGUUUCUGGAGGCCUUCAAGUCGAUGAAGAUUGGGCAGUAG